GGCUUCCCCGGCUUCCCCCGGCUUCCCCGGCUUCCCCCGGCUUCCGCCGGCUUCCCCCGGCUUCUUUCUGCAAUUCUUAGGCGAGAGACUGCGAAGGCAACAGAAGGUUUGAACGGACCACGAGAAAUGAGUGGUUGGGGAAGGGUUCUUUAAUAAGUAAUUGUAAUAGUUUUUUCCCUUUUUCUUUUGUGUGUCUGUGUGUGUGUGUGUGUGUGUGGGUUUCCCUUCCCCUCACCGCUCUCUCUUUGUACUCGUUUGCCUUUCGAGGAGGGUGUGAGGUGCUUGAUUGAUGCUAAGGGCCGCUCUUUCCGGAGGAGGGUGUGAGGUGCUUGAUUGAUGCCAAGGGCCGCUCACUCCGCUCGUGUCGUCUUGUGAAGAAGUGAGUAUGGAAUGCAAUUUUUUAUUUUUUAUAGAUUAAUUGAAAGCGCUGUGUGAAGGAGGGCGAAGUAUUGAUGUCAUUUUUUUGAGGACUUGAACCGUACUUCAAAUAAAUAAUUUCGAGAUCUGAAGGUGACCCUCAUCUCAUCAUCGGAGUGUGCAGAUGGAUGAUGUGGAUUACGACAUCUUGGGAAUUUAUGAGGAAGAGGCGUUCGACUACGAAGAGGACGAUGGAGGGGUCCCUGACAUCGAUGGUAGCGGGGUUCGAUCGGCGAUCAUCAAGUCGAGUGUAUUGGAUGGAGAAGCUGAUUUCGACGGUACCAUGCCAGCAGCAGGCAGGCCGCGGAUGGACUCGUCUGCACCAGCCGCCGCCAUAGAUAUGCCCCCUGGGGAUGGUGGAGAUGAUGACGAUGAGUUUGAUCUGUACGGCGAUGUGAACAUCGCGCCAAUCCGGUCAUUUGGACCUGCGGCUGGUUCAUCAACAGGCACUUUUCGUAAUGGCGUCGCUCAUGCGGCGGCGGCGGCGGCGGCGGCGGCUCAGCAACACGUGGCAGCAGCAGGUGGUGGUCGUCAAUAUGUGCAGUAUCAGCACCAGGCUCAUCAAAGGGAACAACAACCACCCCAUCACGAUCAUACCCAGUCGGGAUCUGGGACCGAUCAGAGGCGCAGCGUGAUAUCAGCCGCGCCUAGCAGCAAGAAGGUGGCAGCGUCGUCAACGCAAACGUCAAACGGGCCGUCAGCCUCCGCUCCUGAGGAGCGGAGCGGCUUCGAUCCAGGCGGUGACAGCAAAGGGGGAGCCGCUGGUGGUCCCCACGCGUCUUCCUCGGCUACCGCCGCCGUAGCCGGCAGAGCCCUUUCCUCCAGUCAACAGGCACUGCCCGAAAAGGGGUCACAAGCGAAGCUCUCUCCGCAGAGGAGUGUGGGAGGAGAUGAUGGCGGCGCCGGCGCCAUUGGCGGUGGAGCAGGAGAGGAGGGAACAGCAGCAGGGUCAGCAGCUGCAGAAGCAGAAGUAGCAGUCGCAGCAGCAGCAGCAGCAGCAGCAGGAGAAGGAGAAAGAGAAGGAGAAGGAGAAGCAGAAGCAGAAGGAGGAGGAGGAGCAGCAGGAGCAGGUGGUGGUGAAACAGUGGUUCGACGGGGUGAUGCAUCUCGUUUAGGGUUUGCGGGCGCAGUGGCCAAUGAUGACGUGGCGCGCCAGGGGGAGGCGGAAGAACCGACGAUCUUGUUUGUCGGGAAUUUGCAGUGGUGGACUACGGACGCCGAGCUGGAGAACAUUCUCAGUGAGUUCGGUCGCUUGAGGUUCUUCCGGGUCAUCGAGGACAAAGCGAGUGGAGUGUCUAAAGGCUACUGUGUUGUGGAAUUCGAGAGCCGCACGUCGGCUGUGGAUUGCAAGGAGAAGCUGCAUGGGAAGGUAAUUAACGGACGGCCAGCGGUAGUGGCAUUUAAGUCGGGGAUGCUGAGGAGAGAAAACCAGAAUGCUAAUCACCAGCAGCAGCAGGGAGCCGCACCACCUGCGCAACAGCAGCAUCAGCACGUGCAGCAGCCGCCGCAGCAAGCGCAGCAAAAUUCCGGUGUGCCACAUGGUGGGCAUCACAGACCUCAUCCGGGAUCAGGAGGCGGAGGGGCGGGCGGGGUAGGAGGAGGAGCAGCGGGAGGAGGAGGAGGAGGGGGUGGUGCUGGUCCUGCACAAGUCGAACAGAAGGUUGUAGAAGACCAGGCAGAGAAGGAGCAGCUUGGGAAGGAAGAAGAGGAGGGGAUUGUAAAGGGGAGAUCGAAGUGGUUGCUGCGCAGAGCGGAGGAAGAGGCCAAGACAGAGAUUUGGUGGGCCGGGUGCGGAGCAGCACUCUUUGCGAAGCCUUUUUACUGCAGGAAACAUCGCAGCGUGACUCAGUUUGAUGGUGGAUGGAUUGGUCUAGGGGUGGCGUUGCGAUGUUCAGCUCCCUCUUUGCGAAGGCGCAAACCAUGGCUGACCUCUGAUUUGCACAUGCGACAUGGACGGUGUCCUGGAUGUGUCCUUGCACCUUUUCUGCUGAGGACAGAUGAAGUUUAUGGUGUGGUUUCAGCGGCUGCAGGCUUGGUGGGAUCUUGCCAGCGUGAUUGUUCCGUUCCUACUCUGCGCACAAGAUCGACUGCUACUCAUGGAUUGCAGCUAGUACAGUCAGCUGGGGUACUUUGCAGGUGCUCACCAAGAGCAGGGGGAGAAAUGUGUCACAGCACUGGAAUGCUGGUCCACGGAAACAGAGAGGAGAUUAAUCUGGAAGUGCAAUCGAUGGGUUGCACGGAGAUGCUGGCUGGAUAUGGUGGGAAUGAGAUGCUGGCUGGCUAUGGUGGGGGAAUGAGAUGCUGGCUGGCUAUGGUGGGAAUGAGAUGCUGGCUGGCUAUGGUGGGAAUGAGAUGCUGGCUGGCUAUGGUGGAUAUGAACGAGAUGCUGGAUGGAAGUGCCGUGUACUGGCUAUGGGGGCAUGAGAUGCUGGCGGGAUAUGGGGCGCACUGAGAUGUCUUCUGGCUAUGGUGGGGCAUGAGAUGUGGGCAGGCUAUGGUGGGAAUGAGAUGCGGGCUGGCUAUGGUGGGAAUAAGAUGGAUGCUGGUUAUGGUGGGCAACUAGCUUCUUCACACCAACACAACGCCCGCGGCCCGGUACAUCAUCGCUGUACCUAGACUGAAAGUUGAGCCGGAUACGGCUAUAAUGACAGGCUGUCCUACCCGGGUUAAGACAGUAGUCACAUCAGGACUGGCAUGUUGGUGCCUCCAGCAGCGCGCAGGCUUUAUUUUGAUACGGCGCUGUUUUGUUCCUUUGUUCGACACGAGUCUGGCGGUGACUGCGUGCAGUGGCAGCUGAAUGUUUGGUGUCGUUGACUUCGGAUGACAGUCAAACAGGUUUGGUUUGACUUUUUCCGGACCUGAAACGUUUCCACAUGUAGUGAGAGCAGGACAAAGAUCCGGAUUGGCAUCCCCCUG